AGAGAUUGGGAAGGGUCUUAAAGGAAAGUGGGGAAAGAGCAGAGAGAGAGAGAGCAAGGAGAAGGGGAGACUCGCCGGCCGAAUGCUGUGACCCCAACUGUGCUUUUCCUCUGCAGGUUCCUUAGAAAGAGAGUUUGGACGGCAUGCAAAGUAGUGAAAUAUCUGCAGAGAGCACUGAUGAUCCUCUUAGUAGUGGCCUCCCGGAAAAACGACAGCCGCGAAUAGUAGUUAUCGGUGCCGGGCUUGCAGGCCUCUCGGCGACAAAAACUCUUCUGGAAGGUGGUUUCACGGAUGUGACUGUCCUCGAAGCAUCUGACCGGAUUGGAGGCAGAGUACAAAGCGUGAAACUCGAAAACGCGACUUUUGAACUGGGAGCUACGUGGAUCCACGGUUCCAAUGGAAACCCAGUCUAUCAUCUAGCAAAAGAUAAUGGCCUACUUGAAGCUACGACAGACGACGAGAGAAGCGUGGGCCGUAUCAGCCUCUACUCCAAGAAUGGGGUGGCUUAUCACCUCACAAACAAAGGUCAAAGGAUCCCGAAAGAUGUGGUUGAAGAAUUCAGUGAUUUAUACAACGAGGUCUAUAACCUGACUCAGGAGUUCUUCCAGCGGGGUAAACCAGUCAAUGCCGAGAGCAAGAAUAGCGUGGGAGUCUUCACGCGAGAUGUCGUGCGCAAGCGCAUCAAAGCUGAUCCGGAUGACUCGGAGGCGGUCAGGAGACUGAAGCUCGCCAUGAUUCAGCAGUACCUUAAGGUGGAAAGUUGUGAGAGCAGUUCCCACAGCAUGGAUGAGGUCUCACUCAGUGAAUUUGGAGAGUGGACGGAAAUCCCCGGGGCCCAUCACAUCAUCCCGUGUGGCUUCGUGAAGAUCAUAGAGCUCCUGUCCUGCUCCAUCCCGGAGUCGGUCGUUCAGCUGAACAAGCCAGUCAAGUGCAUCCACUGGAACCAGCCCAUCAGCACGGAGAUCGAGCGCGUGGCGGACCACAACAGUGACCGCAAGGGAGGAGAAGACGUGGGCUCCCACGUCCUCGUGGAGUGCGAGGACUGCGAGUUCAUUUUGGCCGACCACGUCAUCGUGACGGUGUCCUUGGGAGUCCUGAAGAAGCAUCACGAGAACCUGUUCCAUCCCCAGCUGCCAGAGGAGAAGGUCCUGGCCAUUCAGAAGCUGGGCAUCAGCACCACGGACAAGAUCUUCCUGGUGUUCGAGGAGCCCUUCUGGAGCCCCGAGUGCAACAGCAUCCAGUUUGUCUGGGAAGAUGAGGCAGAGGCAGAGAGCCUCACCUAUCCGGAGGAGCUGUGGUACAAGAAGAUCUGCAGCUUCGACGUCCUCUACCCGCCGGAGCGCUACGGCCACGUCCUGAGUGGCUGGAUCUGUGGGGAAGAGGCCCUGAUCAUGGAGAAGUGUGAUGACGAGACUGUGGCGGAGACCUGCACGGAGAUGCUGCGGAAGUUCACAGGGAAUCCAGACAUUCCAAAACCUCGGCGGAUCCUCCGAUCCUCGUGGGGCAGUAAUCCGUAUUUCCGUGGCUCCUAUUCCUACACUCAAGUUGGGUCGAGUGGAGCGGAUGUGGAGACCCUUGCGAAGCCCCUGCCUUAUUCGGAGAGCUCCAAGACGGUUCCUAUGCAGGUGAUGUUUUCAGGUGAGGCCACCCACCGGAAGUACUAUUCCACAACCCAUGGUGCUUUGCUUUCUGGCCAGAGAGAGGCGGCUCACCUGAUCGAAAUGUACCAAGACGUCUUGCAGGGCAGGAACUGAGAGGGCUGUCCGAAGAACCACUGACUCGUGAUUCCUUUUACACUUGUGUGUUUAAACAAGUCUGCCUUCCUUCCUUGCUUCCUUCCUUGCUUCCUUCCUUCCUUCCUUCCUUCCUUCCUUCCUUCCUUCCUUCCUUCCUUCUUUAAAAUGAGUAAUCAAAACAUUUUUAUCUUUUAUAUCAAAGUCUUAACCAUUUUAACUCUUAGUUGGUCAACUGUGGUUUCUUUUUCAUGUACUGUAUUGUUGGCAGGAAAGGAGGACCUUUCCCUCCUUGGGUGGAGGUUCUGUUGCUUUUGUGUACUUUGAUUUCUGACUGCAUCUUGGGGGCUGCUUUUCUUUCUUUCCACCCCCUCCCCCGUAUUGUAAGUGCCUUCUAUAUUUCAAUAAAUGUUGUAAUAACCAC